AUGUCCAAGCUGCUCACGUGCAUGCUGAAGUUUCUCCGAGGAUCCACCAACCAGAAGUUGUGCGCGUUGUUCGCCAUUACUUUCAAGCUCAUGUUUCUCGUCUCCAUCAUGGUCUACUGGAUGGCAGAAUCCAAAUACAAGGACCAGCUACCCAGCUUGCCUCUAGAGGUUAAGUGCCCCCUUGUCCUUUCUUCACCUCCUCCUCUCGUCCUGGGUGAGCCCCCUCCCCCACCAGGGGACAUCUUCUUUGUGGAAACCUCUGAUCGGACCAAUCCAAGCUUUCUCUUCAUGUGCUCAGUGGAGUCAGCCUCCAGGACUCACCCUGGUACCAGGAUUGUUGUCCUCAUGAAGGGCCUGGUUGGUAGGAACUCUACCCUCCCCAAGCACCUAGGCAUCUCUCUCCUGAGUUGCUUCUCCAAUGUGGAAUUCCAGCCCCUGGACUUGACUGACCUUUUUGAGGGCACCCCUUUAGCCAGCUGGUACACCUCCAUUUACCAAAGAUGGCAGCCGUACCUUCUCCCCAUCCUUUCUGAUGCUGCCAGAAUAGCCAUCAUGUGGAAGUUUGGGGGCAUUUAUUUGGAUACGGACUUCAUCGUCCUGAAAAAUUUAAAGAACUUCACCAACGUCCUGGGCACUCAGUCCAAGUAUGUGCUGAAUGGGGCCUUUCUUGCCUUUGAGCCCAGGCAUGAGUUCAUCCAACUCUGCAUGCAGGACUUUGUGGAUCAUUACAAUGGCUGGAUCUGGGGCCACCAGGGCCCCCAGCUCUUGACCCGUGUCUUCAAAAAGUGGUGUGGGAGUAGGAGCCUCCAGGAUCACCAGAACUGCAAAGGGGUGCAGGCUCUGCCCCAGGAAGUCUUCUACCCCAUCACAUGGCAAAACUGGAAGAAGUACUUCGAAGACAUCAGCUUACAGGAAUAUGAGAUGCUGCUGAGUAAGACCUACGCAGUCCACGUGUGGAACAUGAAGAGCCAGAGCAUCAGCUUUGAGGUCACUUCCAAGGUGCUGCUAGCGAAGCUCUACUCCCAAUACUGCCCUGUGACGACAGAGGUCAUGAAAAUGUAUCUCUGAAGAGCUGAGGUGGACUCUAGACUCCCCACCCCCCGAAAAAGCAUUGGCUCAAUGCUAUCCACCAUCUUUACAGAAAGGAACACCUGGGAUGGAAGGCCCAU